GGGUAACCCCCUCAGGUGACGUUUCCAUUGAUAACGUCACAGGCCAGGCUCCCGAACGAGAUCAGAGGCCUCCAAGGAAACAGUUACCAUGGAGACUGGCAGCUGGGCGAGUCCUUUGGUCAGGUGAUCCGUGUUCAUAGCAACAAAAGUUACAAGAUCCCUAACAACCAGCCCCUAGCAACCGAGCAGCGGCAGCAUGAACGAGCCCGACACCGGGGCCCUUGGGCCAGAACAGCAGCACCGGCUUCGGGACUGGGAGCUCCAGACGCGGCUCCGUAACGAGGGGUAUCUGAGGAGUCACCGCGAGGUGGAUCUGCUGCUGUCCGGAUUUCUGAGGGAGGUUCUGCUGAAACGACCAGAAAACAUCCGGGAGUUUGCAGCAGAGCACUUCACAAACCCAGAGGUGGCCCGCGGGGUCCGGGAAAAGAUGAGAUUGAGCAGCACAGCCGAGGGGCCGGCAUCCGGCUGAAUCCACGCUCCUGACCAGCACUGAAAGCCGUGGGACCCCGUUCGAGCCCGCCUGUCCGUACGUGCCACGAUCCCCCCACCGGCCAACCUUUAAAUCCUGCGGUCCUGUCUUCAAACCGUUUUAUUGUGAUGUUGAUAACCAAUAAAUGCAGCAUUUCCGCAGGUCCGGGUUACCGAAAAC